AUGAGCUCCAAGUCAGAAGUGAAAUUGAUCCCUUGGGAUCCGCUUUCCGAGCCUCAUAAAACACUGCUCUUCAAACAGCGCGUGGAAUGCUCUUGGGACAUGGAGAUGGUCCAUGAGGUAUGGAGAGAUGAACAGAUUCGAGGCGAUAGGUGUAUCUAUUGGAUUGCCCUCGCUGCCAAUGACUCUGUGGCCAAGGAGUGCGAACAGUUGAUGGACACGGCCGUAUCCAUUAAUGCAGUAGCACGCCAACUAACAAAAGCAGAGUUCAUCCCAGUGGGACAUGUCUCCUUAGACUCGAAAAACGAGAAGGCCGAGAAACUGGACCUCGAAAUUCCGCCCGAGAAUGUCUUCUGGAUUAAAUCCCUCUUUAUUCCACCUAGCCUCCAGGGAAAAGGAAUUGGGCGAGCAGCCAUGGAUGAGAUUGAGAGGAUCGCUGCCCAAGAGCCUCUAUGCGCUAAGACUUUAAUGCUGGAUACCGUCGAAAGAGGAUAUCAGGUGAGAGAGGACUUUGCUCUGGCUACCUAUGGAGGCGUUCCGAAGCUACCUAAUCAGGAUUGGUACAGUAGGCGGGGUUAUAGAUCUCUGAAGAUUGUACAGAACUAUUACGAUGGCAAGGAUAAGAACGGAAAGAGGUGGGAUACGAAGACCAUCUUCAUGCGGAGGGAUCUUCUGUGA